AUGAACGACCCUUUAAAUGAUCCAAUGGUAGUAGCUGUGGAACAAGGAAAUGAGAAACUACCGCAUUUAAAUUCUACACAAAAAGCUAACCCCAUAGAGGAAUUUUUUCAAGAGUUACACCAGAGUAUGAAGUCUGUCGAUCUAGGGACUGCUUCUCAAACGACUGAGCAGAUCACGCUUGAUAUUCCACCAUAUACGGCAGAUUAUAAGCCAGAAGUAUCAAGUAAAAAAAGACAUCUAUACAGCAUAAAUGAGCUUCUAGCUUUUUCAAGAGAACUUCCUGCGGCAACUUCGGAAGAGGUCAUCAACUCGUUACCAAAGAAGAAGUUUUGGAGAUUAAACCGUCGAUUCUCUGAUCACCAAGCGCAUGGGAAAAAUGUAGGGCACAAGAACGCCAAAAACAUUGGCUCAAAUAGGCCUGUAUCUAAUGAUGAUAUGCCCUUUGAGAGAAGAAACAAUAAGAACAAAGGUGCAAGAGCCACGCAUCCCAAGAGAGGUAGCAGAUUUAGCAAGAAUGAAGAUUUGAUGGAGGAAAAAGAUAUCGCUGUGAAUAAUGAUGACCUUUUAGCACUUGAAGAAGAAUUCGAGCCUACUGGGAAUUCGAUGGCAGAUUUUGAAAUGUGGAAGGCCAAGAUGAGAGAAAUGGAACGCAAGAAGAAAGGUCUACCAGCGAAUGAUACAAAUGAACUACAAGAACCAAUUCCGGCUGUUUCCACAACUUCCAGUUCAAUAUCCGAUUUUUUGAAACUGAGUAACAAAAUUACCGAGCCAGAUGCGGCACGUUCCCAAAGCAUACCAGACCUAAAGGCUUCUACAGACAAGGAAUCUAUGCAAAAGCAUGACACUCCAACUGAGCCAGUGGUGGGGACAUCUUCCAGAUUCUCUUCUUUUUUCACUAACUCUACUUCAAGUGUUUCUUCACCUUAUUUGAAGCCUGCUGAACCUGAACUUGCCUCAAACUCGACACACAAAAACCCAGAAGUGACUUCAAGUAAAACCAGCGGAUCUAGACUAAUGUCAUUUUUUAAUAAGGAACAAAAUGUCGGCGGAGAGGCUCCUGUAUUUGUCAAUAGCCCCAAAGAACAACCUAAAUUCAUGCCACCACCUGGUUUCCCCCCACAGAAUAAAGCGAAAGAGCAACAGGAGAUGCCACCUACUAUGCCUCCAAUGCAACAAAUUCCGCAGCAAAUUCCGCAACAAAUUCAACAACAGCAACCUCUAACAAACAACGCAUUUUUCCAAGGUCUACUGAAUAAAGGCAAAGUAGGUGGGAGCACACUACCCGCUGGACCACCACCAGGUGUAGCUAUGCCCAGCAACGGCCCUCACAUAUCCCAGCAAGGCCAACGUCAUAGGCAGACGGCUCAGCAAGCUGGAGUCGGCGUUCCACCAGGUUUUAAUAUGGGUAUGCAUCCCCCUGGAUUCGUGUCACCGAUGCAGGGCGGGCCUGUACAGGUGCCCAACGGAAUGCCCAUGGCUAAUAGCACGAAAAAUAGCAACAACGGUAAUCAGAGUAAUAAGCCUCAGCAACCAUUACAGCAACGACAACCUCCUUUGCAACCGGGAAUGCUUCCUCAACAAUUUGUUCCUCCACCAGGAUUCCCACCAAUGCAAUCAAUCCCACCAAAUUUCAAUCCCAAUAUGUACAUACCUUCCAAUGGGAUGAUGCCUCCGAACGGUCAGCAAUUCUUCCCGCCAGUUCCACCACCUAAUGGCGUUAUGAACUUCCCACCAUUCCCUAAUCAAGCGGGCUUUCCACCUCGAGAAAAUAGGAAUAAGUAA